AUGGGCUAUUCGAGGCGAAGAAAGUUUAAGGGCAGACACGUGUCACUGCCACACGAUGUAGUUGGACCUCGUGAUAAUUCUGACAUAUUUCUUAAAGCGAUUGAAACUACAGUUGCAUCUGCUUGUAAACAACAGCAAGAGCAAAUUAGUGGAUUAACUGUCGAAUUAGAUAGAACGAAAUCCCACUUAAAUGAUUUGGAACAGUAUGGUAAACGUAAAGAUCUGCUUAUUUACGGUAUUCCAGUGAAAAACGAUGAAAACUUAUAUACAACAGUAAUGGAAUUAGGAAAUGCUUUAGGUAUUAAAUUAAACAGAAACGACUUCUAUGCAACUCAUCGUUUGCCAGCAAAAAGAACAGGUGAUAAAUUAAAGUCAACAAUUAUUGUAAGUUUUGUACGUAUUACUGGUCAUCGAGAUCGGCACGGUGGUGGAUGUGCGAUUUAUGUAAGAAGUGAUUUUCAUUGUAUACGAUUACUUGAGUUUGAAAAUGCAAGAUCUGAAAUACUAAUAAUGCGCUUAACAUUAGGAAAUCGCUUAAGUGUAAUAAUUUUGCAUGUGUAUCGUCCACAGACGCUUACUGUGAGGCAAAUUAAAGAACAAUUACACAAUGUACUUGAAGAAAUAAAUAAAUCAAAAUAUAAAAAAGUAGUGGCCACACGUGAAUUUUCUCAUGUUAAAAUUUCCGUAAAAAAUAUCACUUGCGGACACGCGUGAAAAUGAUUCCCACUAAUUUCAUUGUGAAACAUAUCUUCACAUUUAUUCGCACGUCAGUUUUUCACGCAACUCAUUUCGUGAAUAAUAUUCACACUUAACCCCAAGCGACAAAAUUCUUACGUUUCACGCGCGUCCACGUAAGAAACCUUUUACAGGUGCGAAAUGUCGUGAAGAUUAAGCGGCAAGCAUAAAUACAAAUUUCUCCUAUAUCUUCUGAAAGUUGUACAUGCAUACAGAUGAUUACCUCGGAAUUCCGAUGUAAUACAUUUUCUUUCAUUUUAUAAGAAAUAAAUCAGAGAAUGGUGAUGUGUUUUGUUAUUACAAUAGAUAGAACGGGAGAUCAAAUUUCCACAAUCUAAAUAUUUUUCCAUUAGAUGAACUAUCGGCAAACAAAUAUUGGCAAAAAAAAACAGAUUAGUUUAAUUUUGUCUUACGUUAGAAAGGAGCAAAACAUUUUUAAAAAUGGCUAUUUUCACACUAAAGUUCCGCGAGUUUUUGAAAAAUAUUUUAUUGAUAUCUUUCAAACUAUCCAACAUUUGGCUUUCACUUUUUAACCAUUGUUUCACAUUAUAAUAUUAAACAUUUUCCUAAAGUUUCGACUUUAGAGCUUUAGUCGUUUCUGAGGAAAGAGCGGAAAUGUCCCGCGACUUAAAAACGAAAAAAUUUCUACGAAGAAUUUACUUAAACUAGACUUAUUAUAUACCAUUGGAUUUGUCUUUUGUUGGGAAAGAUAACCAUGCCUUUCAUAACCCUGCGGAAUAUAUGGAUCGUUACUUUGAGACUAGAAGAUCCUAAAUAAAGUAGUAUCGCAGUAUCGCUGGCUACUCAGUGAAUAGAAUGUAUAUACACUUGUACAUAUACAAAACACUAUAAGCAUGCGUCUCUAAACAAUGCACAGUGGGCAUCCAGACGGACAUUAGGCAAAAAAUCGAAGUAACUCUUUUCUCAAAUAUAAAUAGUGUAAAAUGUAGCUGUUCAAAUUCUCUAUCGAAUGGUGUAUAAAUGUCUAUUUUGAAAAUGGAUCCUUCGAGCAGAAG